AUGGCUUGCCAUGUUUGGGCUGUGGGCCCGGCCGUUCCAUAUUGGGACCUUGUGCCGGUACCAACACCAACCAACACCAACACCAACACCGUUGAGAUAUUCGAUACUCGUUCUUUCGAGAAGAUGGAUCAAAGAAAAAUGUGCCCUCCCUGUGGAGGCAAAGGUUAUCUCCUUCCAAAGAAAACAAACGAAGAACUUCGCAGACAGCUUGGUACUAUAUCGCAGUCCAUUGCUUCGACUCCGAACUCCCACCUUCUUCCCGAGGUCCUCAGCCAAAUAUUCGGCCUAGCAUUAGGGGGUGACUUUUUCAACAUGUCAGAGACUCAUACAGGUCCAUGGGCACUCAGCCACGUAUGCAGCUCGUGGAGAUCUGCUGCGUGUGGAGAUCCGACAAUCUGGACCUCUAUUCUCAUCGACGACAGUUCCGUGACUAUUGGUGUCUCGGGUAAAGUCUUAACCCCAUGCCCUCGAGAAGACCCCCCUUCACUUUUAUCCACCAUACUCUCCAGAUCAAACCAGCGUGAUAUUAACAUCGUGUUCAAUAUUUCCGUGGGCAAGGUCGACUUCACGACGAAGAGAACCAUCAAACAGCUAUUCCAAAUUGUCAUGAGGGAUUCGAAGAGAUGGAAUGAUGUAUCAAUCUGCGUUCCUUGUGAAUUAAUACCGAUGCUUGAAGCCGUGGAAGGAAACGUUCCGCGUUUGUCAAAACUACAUAUCGGCACGUCCGAAGUCGACACGGUGCAUGAAGGUCCCGGCGUCCCCCCUACCCCUUCACCCUUAGUAAAGGCUUUCAAUGAAGCCCCAGCGUUGAAGGAGGUAUCUUUCGACAGACUUAGUGUUGAAAACACUGUGCUUCCACGGUCUCAGAUUAUAUCACUGACGGAUAUCCGGAAGAAAUAUGGUCGAUCCAAGAUCCUCGUUAAAAUCUUGUCCUUGUCUCCUCACCUCAAAGCACUGAACUUCAAUUCGGAGAUUCCAGAAGAUUACAAUCACUUCCAGUCGUGGACGGACAAAAUUGUCCACGCCGAACUGCAGUCUCUCACCACCUGUUCAACCUACUUCAUGAAAAAAAUGAAGUUUCCCAGAUUGACGAGCUUGACUGUCAGGCCUCAAUUUGAAGAACGGGGCGACGUAGACGAUGCCAUCAAUACGCUGAUCACCUCGUCUCAAUGUUCUCUCCGCUAUCUGCACAUUGAGGGCUCUUACAUGACCGACUUACUUUUUCAAACCCUUGCUUCUACGCCAGAGCUCACUCAAUUGGAACUUUGUUUUUUGCGGUGGGACUAUGAAUACGCCAUUGGAGGAUUUGAACAGUUUACCCUCCGUAUGGAUGAAUUAACCGAAAGCGGCCAUCAUCGUAUCAUACCUCUUCUGGAAUCUCUGAAGGUCGUGGUACAGAGGAAUACCUCAGGAACCUCGUUUGGAUCCAUUGACUCAGUGUUUACGGAUAUGGCUGUGUCGAGAUGGAACUGCGGUGCUCUGAAGUCGCUGCUUCUCGAGGCAGAGACUGAUAUGGUGCUGGUAGGACUUGGGAUAGAGAACACUACACAGCUUAGAACGCUGAAAGAUGAGGGCUUCGACAUCUCUAUUUGUACCACGACCGCGGGUAGCCCCUACACAUCAGGUCAUUGGGAUGCUCGUUUUGUUCAGGAAGAUUAUCGACGUAUAUAUGUAUGGUGCAAUAUACAAUUUCCCCCGACGGCAGUCGUAUCCGUAGGAAUACACAACAACGUACAUAUUUUCGCAUAUUCUCAUAGCGGUACGACUGGUGGUUGAGAUUAAGG